AUGGCAAUUAUUUCGAGGUUUGUUGAUAAAAGUAGGCAAGUGAAGGAGCAUUUUUUGGGUAUGUCCUAUAUCACUAAUACUUGUGUCCAAUCACUGAAGGAUGACAUUGAUGCAAUGUUUUCUACUCGUGGGUUGAGCAUAUCUAGCCUGAGAGGUCAAGGCUAUGAUGGAGCGAGUAAUAUGUUAGGUGAGUUCAAUGGGUUGAAAGCUUUAAUUUUAAGAGAGAACCCACAUGCUAUGUAUGUUAAUUGCUUUGCUCACCAGUUUCAGUUGGCAAUUGUAUCUGUCACACAUAGGAAUUGUAUGCUUGGUGAUUUGUUUAACGUACUUGCUAUUAUUGUGAAUUUGGUUUGUGCAUCAUGUAAGCGUGUAGAUGCUUUUCGAACAAGUUAUCAAGCUAAUAUUCUGGAGAAGCUUAAUAUUGGGGAACUUACUAGUGGAAGAGGUCAGUUUCAAGAAAUGAGUUUGGAAUGCCCAGGUGAUACUAGGUGGGGUUCAUAUCUACUGACAAUUACUCGUUUCAUUAAUAUGGUUAAUGCUAUCAUAGAUGUUCUUGAAAAUAUAUUAGAAGAUGGCGUACAUUUAGAUCAAAAAUCUUCGGCCGUAAGACAGAUGAAUGCUAUGCAGGAAUUUGAGUUUAACCUGAGAGAGAAUGGUUGGGAUACUUUGUUGAGUAGGGUGAUUGAGUUUUGUGUUGAUAGACAUAUUUUAGUGCCCAAUAUGGAGGAUAUUGUAGUAGUGAAAGGUCGACCUAGGCAUGUAGCUCAGCAGGUGACUUAUUUUCAUCGCUUUUAUGUUGAUUUGUAUUGUCAUGCGAUAGACUCAAUCUUGCAAGAGUUGAAUGAUCAUUUUCUAGAAACAACUACUGAGCUCUUUACUUGCAUUUCAUGUUUAAGUCCAAGAGAUUCAUUUGCAGCUUUUGAUAAGAAUAAAUUGCUACAUCUUGCUCAGUUCUAUCCUUUGGACUUUAAUAGUGAAGAGCUUUUAUUACUUAGACCUCAACUUGAUAAGUUUUUUUGCUUGUGA